UCACAACCACACGAUAUCUAUAGGUCUCGAUACUGUCAGCGUGGCAAUGUAUGAAGGCUUCCUCAGCCCAUCCGGGCGGCGUCGUCCGCCAGCCAAUGUCGUGCCACAAACACCUCAACCCCGCCUUCGCAUGGACGCCAUCAUGUCGGCCUAAACCGCCUACCCUUUGUACAUAUGUAUUGCCAGCGUUACCUGGAUCCUCUGGACUCUUGGCAAGCUGAUGGCAAGACCAUCUGAAGAGGCUUCGUUUGGUGAUCAACCGCAAUCAAUACUGAGAGGUGCUCGCAGCAUCGAAGCCACGAUGUCGCCCCAGAAAUCAUUCUCGGCCAGGGUCAUUGUUAUCGGCGCUGGCGUGUUUGGGCUAUCGACAGCAUUUGCUAUCGCCAAGAGAUAUCCUGCGACGAGCGUGACUGUCAUCGAUCGCUUGACACCUCCAGUACCCGAUGGGACGAGUGUCGAUACUACUCGGUGUAUCCGUUCAGAUUACACUGAUCCGGUCUAUGCCCGGCUGGCGAAAUUAGCCCAGGAGAAAAUUCAGGAAGACCCGGACCUGAGCUGUCACAUGUAUCAACAAGGCAUGACAUUCGUCUGCGAUGGCGAGCCGAGUCGUUUCACAGAUAUUUACCAGAUCACAUUGGAUCGAGCGAAGUCACUGUGUCGCUCGGAAGAUAUCAUCGAGAUGUCGACUCGAGAAGAGGUGUAUCAAAGAAUCCAUGGCAAGAUGUCCCAACCUCCUUCUGACGGGGUGCUUGGUAGCCGCCCGCGAUGGAACAAGGCUUACUGCAACCUGGAAGCCGCAUUCAUCGACGCCAAGGAGGGCAUACAGGUCUACUACGACAGGUGUCGGAAGCUGCCCUCAAUCAGCUUCAGAUGCGGAUCCGCGGUUGACCAUAUCAAUAUCACCAACAGUCAAUGCAAAGGAGUAACUCUGGACAACCAGACUACACUUUCAGCGGAUAUGGUCAUCGUUGCAGCUGGUGCCUGGUCCAACAAGCUGGUUUACUUGGGAGGCCGCCAAGUUCCUGUUGGUCAUGAAGUAGCUUGGAUCAAGGUUACACCUGAGGAAGAAGCCCGCUGGAAGAACAUGUCCAUUACCACCAAUCUCAGCACGGGGCUGAACAUGUUUCCCCCUUAUCAGGGCGAGAUUAAGAUCCUCCGUCGGUCUCCUGGCUAUAAGAACACCGUCAUGGUACCGCAUCCUGAAGAUCGCUCAAGGUACAUACAGAUAUGUUUUCCUCGAACAAUGGUCAGCAACCCUACAGACGUUAUUCCAAAGGAUGCGGAAGCUGCAAUGCGAGAGAACCUGAGGGAGAUCAUGCCCGCUCUUGCUAAUCGGCAUUUUGACAGGACAAAGAUAUGCUGGAUUAGCACAACCCCGACUGCGGACUUUCUGAUUGCUCCUCAUCCCUCGGUCGAUGGUAUCCACCUGGCAACCGGAGGGUCAGCGCAUGCAUGGAAGUUCUUGCCACUCAUUGGCGACUACGUAGUGGAUUCGAUCGAGGGUACAUUGCCUCAAGAGUUGGCAGAGAAAUGGGCUUUCCACAAGGUGUCAACUGGCAAGGAUCAGAGCAGUCCUCGAAUGGACGGAGAGCCUCAGGAGUUAUCAGGAGUAGUGCGCCAUCACCUCUGAUGACGGACUAACAAGAGCAUUGUUCUAAGUAGUCGAGUAGCAGCACUCCAGAUAGUACCAGUCCUGCAUUGUGAUCUCACAUGCCCGACUCCCCUCUCGAAAUCAUCGUUGUAAUCUU